GCAUCCAUCCAUCCAUCCAUCCAGUGACCGACCGACCGACCGCCCGACUGAUCCACUCCUCCAUCCACUCACUGGCUGAUUCAUUGUGCCAACAUCAGCUAACACCAGCUAACACUAACCAACACCAGCAAAUCCGCCCAACCACUCAGCAGCCCACCCAUCAGCCCCACAGCCUCGCAGCCCGCCCAGACAGUCAGCCCGCCAUCUAGAUCUGGCCUCCGCCUGCUUGAAAGCAAACCCGCCUACCCGCCUACCCGCCACUCCUCCUAGCCCAGUUUCAUCCCGCCUUCCUAUUAUUGACUGUGAUUAGACGGGCGCUGAGGAGGCUGGCACGCCCGUCAGUCAACACAAACACAAUCACAGACGAGUGGCUUAUCGCUGAUUACCUCCCCUGGGUCACGCCCACUCACCCCGAUUGAUUGGCCGGUUGAGUGAGUCGUCACUGACGCUGGGCCCGGUCUCCAUGUCCCGCCCUUGGGCUGGUGGGCGGUCCGGCACGUCUCCGGGGGAAGGACGACGCUAGCUGGAUUGGCUAUGAGUGUCCCUCCCCCCGCGCCGGCCGUCGGUCCUCCGGCGGGCGGUAUGGGUCAGGGCCCGCCCACUAUGGGCCCCUCCCAUCAUCUGAUCAACGCCCAGGGUCCGCCCGGCAAAUGGCAUUCCUUCAAGCUGUUGGUGGACCCGCAUAUUCACCGAGGCGCGCCCAAAAUGGUGCGGUAUGACGGGGCCACUGUCCCUGGCAACCCGCAUCAUAUCCCGCCCACGCCCAUGGACCCGCGCAAGAAACUACCCAGCGCACUUUGGCGCCGUUUGGAGCCCAUGGAUUUGCCCGUGCCACGGUUAAAGAUUGAUGAGCAUUACAUCGGGGAACCGCCCAAAGUGGAGGUGACCAUCGAAAAUCUGAACGACAAUGUGGACCAGCACUUUUUGAAUUCGCUCAUCGCCAAGUUUGGCGUGGUGGAGGAAAUGGUCAUCCACUAUCAUCCCCUCUCCCGUAAGCAUUUGGGCUUGGCUCGCCUCGUGUUCGAGCAGGUCAGCUCGGCCAAGGCCUGUGUGGCCAGUUUGCAUAGCAAGUCCGUUAUGGGCAAGUGUCUCAAUUGCUACAUCGACCCUUUCGGCCGAUCGUGUCGGCAAAUGUUCCAAGAUCUCACCGCCGACAAGAAACCCGAGGAGUCGGACGGUGCAUUGCUCCUCACCGAGAACGAGACCGACUCGGAAAUCCGCGGUGCUGCGCGGUUGAGUCCGGUGAUAGAGCCGGACGGCGGGCGCGGUGGACGGGAGCCCGGCCGGCGAGAUUCGCGCGAUCGACGACGGAAUAGCCGCGACAGCCGUGAUAGGCGCAACAAAUCCGAUCGGGAAUGGUCGAAUGACAGCCACGAUCUCUGGCGGGGUAAUGGAUCCCACCAUCCUCGAACCCAUCAUCGGCAGUCCUCGCAUGAGUAUGCGCAUCCGCCCAUCCUCGGCGCCUCCUCCGUGGUGCCUCAUGCCCCACCCCCGCCUCCGCCACCUCUACCGCCUCCACCUCCGGCCGUCCUUGGCCCUGCACCCGAUGUACCUGAUCGUCCACCGCCCUCUGCCUCGUCCGAGCUGUAUCAGCCCACUUCCUACGACCCCAACUACGAAAAGCCGGAAUACUGGCUCCAGCAAGCCCAAAACUACGCCGCCGCCGCCUCGGUCCAUGCCGCUCAUUUGACCCAGCCUCAUCCGGGUGAUCUGUCCCAGAUGCCUCCCUCCAUGGAAAUGGGCCAAACCCUACCAGUGCCCUCGGACGUGCCCGGGGUGCUUAAAGAGGCCAUAGACGCACCUCCCGUCCCAUCCGAGGACCAAAGUGAGGGUGAACACAAACUCGAUCUGGACACGCGGCUCAAGAUGCUGAUGAAGGACAAGAGUGUGCCCGCGUUCUUGCUGCAAGAGCUCAAUGCUGAAUCCGAAAGUGAAUCGGAGAAGGAAGACAAACUUGCGGCCCCGUUGCCGACUGUAAGCGGCAUGACUGCUGAUAUGACUGAACUACCCCAAGUGUUCCCACUUCAACCCGAUGAAGUGCCUUUGGAUCGGGCUCCCUCACCAUUCUUGUCAUCCCAGCAUUAUUUAACCUGUCAUAAGGAUUGGUUGGCCGAGAGGAGGCGCAAGAUCGCUCUAGAGAUGGGCGGAGUCCAAAGCGCCCUCAGCGAGUUCCAUACCGGUCGACCCAAGCGAGCUGGUUCUCGCAAUUCCGAUCAGAUGUCGCUUUCCAGUUUGUCCAGUGGGGAUAACAACAUUCUGGAGCAAGGACCCGACGCCUAUGCCGCACCUCCUUACGGCUAUUACCCGCCUCCGGUCCCAGGCGGUGCAGUUCCACCUGGCUAUCCCGCCAAUGGAACAUGGCCGCCACCUCAAGGAGAUUACUUUGGACAAUACCCGUAUGCAGGAAAUAAUGGAACGGACUUUGCUUUAGGCGAGGGCCAUUACGGCCAUGAUGGUUGGUCGGACCCGUAUGCCCGUUGGGAUAAUCCGGAGAAAGCCGUCAAAUCCUCUAAAGACGCCUAUAGGGACCUGAUCAAGGACUCUGUGAGCUGCAUUGUGAAAGACCUAAAGCGAACUCUAAGGAAAGAUAUCAACAAACGCAUGUGCGAGACAAUUGCGUUUUUCCUAUUCGAUAAAUGGUGGCAGGAGCAGGAGGAAAAGUACAAAAACAGGAAUCAAAGAUUGCAAUCCAAAGUGGACAUGUCAGCCUCUGAAGCGAAUAGAAUAACCCCGUUCGUGCCCUCCAAGACGAAUGCUGAAAAAGCCGCUCCCAAAACGGAUUCACCCACGAAGUUGUCCAAGGCCGAAGACAUCACGAACUUUUUCGACAAACAACGUGAAAACAUGGACUCGGCGACCAAUAGCGCAAUGGGUGGAGCUUUCGGGAAAGGAGGAAGUUUGGGGUUCAGCUUCCGGGGAAUCAUUCCCAAGUUGCCCUCUUUCAAGAAAAAGUCAUCGAUGAAGGAUCGCAAAAAGUCUGCCGCCGACGCGAAAAAUCGAUCGAGACGAGAUUCCUCGGACGAGGAUCGGGAGAACCGGCCUUCGUCCGCCUCGUCCUCCAAGCAUCAUAAGAAAGUGUCAGACAAACUCAAGGAUCACGAGAAGCGCCGUGAGAAGCGACUGGAGCAUAAGAAGAAGGAAGAGCAGAAGAAGAGAGACGAGGAGGCCGAUGACAAGACCAAACCCGUGCUCUCGACGCAAUCGUCCAGCAAUUCGACCGUGGAUCCGAAGCACAAGAAGACCUUGUCCUCCAUUUACAGUGCCAUAUAUUCAGCCUCCAGCGAGGACGACGACGAAGCCGUUGUGAAGAGCAGUGGCAGUGAUUCCAAACCGAGAUCCAAGGUUCUGACGAAAAAAACCGCCCGAUCGAAAGCCAAGGGCUCCGAAGCGUCCUCGGAUGUCAGUUCCUCGGUGGAGGACUCAUCAUCCGAAAAUGACUCGGAAGAUGAGGAGGAGGACCAAAUAUCGGUGGCCAGUUCGGGGAGUUCAAAAUCGAUGACCAACAGCUCCUCUACCACGGUCUCGUCGUCGUCGUCCGGCUCUCCUUCGGAAUCAUCCCAAUCGUCCUCCAGUGGCAAUGAAGAAGAGCCCGAAGACAUCAAAGAGCUCAAAUCUGCCAAAGCCAAGCCCAAACGAAAGGCUUUGGCUCUAGUCGAGGAAACGAAUAUGGACUCGAGCCAUCCAGCUCCUAUGCUAUCACCGAGCGAGGCCACGGCCCCAAAGCCCGAAAUGACCUCGAGCGAAACCGAAUCGGACAUGGAGAGCCACGUAGAAGGACAAGUGGAACCAGAGCUCAUCGCCGAAUCAAUUGAGGGUGAUACGAAGAAGAAGCCCGUGCCGUUGCGGCGAGCCAGUGCCUUGACGGAGAGUGUCCAAAUCCCUGAAGAAUCUCCCCCUCAUAUCAUGGAUCAUUGCUACGCCAAACCCCAUUCGGCCAGCAAAGAGUAUGAGGAGGAGAAGAGCAGCGAUAAGGAGUCCUCUCAGUUCGAGAGCCACUUUGCCAUGGACCACGGGUACACGAGACCGAGGACGCCACCGGGUCAUUCCCCGACCAAAACAGCCGUCAAGGUCGGGAAACCUGCGGUACCCGAGACAGUAUCCACUCCGGCUAAAACGGCUCCAUCGGCGGUUAAACUCUCGACGCCCAAAUCGAGGACCACUUCCAAUUCGUCGUCGACAGCCGUGCCGCACGUCCGAGCUCGCACUUUCAAGACUCGCGAUCCCAAGGAGCAGUAUGAGCUCAUCUACCGUUUCUUGACCAAGGGCCUGGAUUUGGAAGACAUCGGGUAUCUAAAACGGAGCUACGAAACCAUGCUCACAGACCAGGACAAGAAGCCCAACGUGUGGGUGAACGACACCCAUUGGGUGGAUCAUACCAUCACGGACAUCCCGAGCCCCGUGAAGAAGCGACGGAAAGACGACUUCUCAAGGCCCCAUCCCACGGGAUCGUGUCGAACAGAAGGUUAUUACAAGAUGGACCCGCGCGAGAAGUUGCGAACCAAGUAUCAUCUACAUCGCUCGGAGGGCGAUGCUUUCACGCUUCAGGGUACGAAGAUCGCCAAUUUCGAAGGUUCCGUGACCAAAGGCAAGCUCCAAACGGCCCAGAACUUGUCGAGAGAGGCGAGAAGCAACCAACGGCGACAAUUGGCCAUCUUGGGCGACGAAGCAGCAACGUCAGACCUCCUGAAAUUCAAUCAGCUCAAGUUCCGUCGCAAGCAGAUGACCUUUGGCAAGUCGGCUAUCCACGACUGGGGUCUCUUUGCCAUGGAAGACAUCGGCGCGGAUGAGAUGGUCAUUGAGUACGUGGGUCAAGUGGUUCGGCCGAAUUUGUCGGAUGUACGCGAGAAGCGCUACGAGCGCCAGGGCAUUGGGUCUUCGUAUUUGUUCCGGAUCGAUCUGGAUUACGUGGUGGACGCCACCAAAUGCGGUAACCUCGCGCGUUUCAUCAAUCAUAGCUGUGAUCCCAAUUGUUAUGCCAAAGUCAUUACUGUGGAAGGCGAAAAGAAGAUCGUGAUCUACUCGAAGCAACCCAUUGGCAUGGGCGAGGAGAUCACGUACGAUUACAAGUUCCCCAUCGAAGACGAGAAGAUCCCUUGUUUGUGCGGGGCGAAUAAUUGUCGCAAAUAUCUCAACUAAAGGACGAUCGACGACAAGUCUACAACUUCUACUGUGGCGACAUAAGUUUCCCCGACAUUCGAUCCAUCUCGGAUCCCCAUCUCAGUCAUCCGAAACCGCCAACCAGGAAAAAGCACCAACGCGUUUUACAUUACAGUACAAGAUGAACCAAGCAAGCAGAUUAUCGAUGUCACCACUAUCAUUAUUAAUAUUACAAUUACUCCUGUUUGCGCUCUCACCUUCAUACCCCGCCCUCUGCGACACCCACACAUGAAGACUUGCUUGGCCCACUAUGAAAUGGUAUAUUUCAUGAAGCCAUUUGACAAACAAACACUUCUUUCAGAUAAAUCACAAUAAAAUAAUAGGCUAAAGACCAUUAUGUAAAUGUGAA